UCGAGUGAGCAAACGUAAACAAGUGGAUGGCCGACCGGCUUUGUGAAGCAGAAAUAAUAAAAAAGUAAGUUUUUUAUACACUUUUCAUUAAAAUUUUUUACUCAUUUGUAAGCUUUUUAUAGCAGGAAUGUCAUCCUCACCUUUUUUCUUUGUUAACGUCUAUUUAGAAUACUUAUUUGGCAAUAAUUUAGGCAUACUCAAACGGUAAAAUACUUUUAGGUUAUGUCAGAGGUUUUAGUUUUAAACUUAGAAGACCCCGCUGCUUAAGUCGUACCUGUGCAAAAUUCCUUACUCGUACCGGUACGACUUAGGUAUUAAGUAAGAAAAAUGUUCAAUAAUUUACAUUAUUUUUUACCAGGUAAUAAAUAUGGCGAAGAGAAAGUACAAUACUUGGAAGCAGGAGGAUAUGAACGAAGCUUUACAGAAACAUCGGAAUGGAGAAAUUGGAUUUAAUGAAGCCUGUAGAAGAUUUAAUAUACCAAAGCCUACACUGCGACGAUAUUUGAAGGGUUUGAAUAAAAGAACAAAAUUUGGAAGACCUAAUGAUAUGUCACCAGAAAUGGAAGAAAUAUUAGCACAGCAUUUGGUGAAUUUAGAGUCUUGUUUCUUCGGAUUAACUGCCACUGAGUUCAGGAAACUUGCCUUCGAACUUGCUGAAAAAUUUCAACUACCUCAUCGUUUUAACAAGGAGAAGAAAAUAGCAGGCAAAAAAUGGUAUUACAGGUUUAUGAAAGAGCAUCCUACUUUGUCCUUGCGUGUUCCAGAACCAACCUCGAUGGCCAGAAGUAAAGGGUUUAAUAAAGAGCGAGUUAAUGAAUUUUUUGAUAAGUACGAAGAAAUACUGGAUAGAUACAAGUUUGCUGCACACCAAAUAUAUAAUAUGGACGAAACUGCAUUGUCUACCGUUCACAAACCUUCCAAAGUUGUUGCUCAAAAGGGAAAACACCAAGUGGGUGCAAUCACAAGUGGAGAAAGAGGUCUGACUACAACAGGCAUAUGCGCGAUGAAUGCAGCAGGCGAAUUUAUACCACCCAUGUUAAUAUUCAAGCGUAGCAGACUGAAUGAUGCCUUAAAAAAAGGAGCUCCACCAAACACAGAAUUUGGUUGCUCUAAAAAUGGUUGGAUAACAUCAGAACUUUUUGUUCAAUGGCUCCAACAUUUUAUUAAGUGCACAAGAUUAGAAAAAAGUGAUCGAAAACAAAUUUUGCUUGUACUAGAUGGUCAUAGCACACAUACCAAAAAUUUGGAAGCGAUCCAGAUGGCUCGCGAUUAUGGCAUAGUAAUGCUAUCUUUUCCUGCUCACACGACACAUCGCCUACAACCGUUGGACAGAUCCUUCUUCAAAUCAUUGAAAAGCUGUUACAAUGAAGCCGCAUCUUCGUGGCUACGCUCAAACCCUGGUAGUGUCAUAAAGCAAGCCAACGUCGCAGAGUUGCUUGGAAAAGCAUAUCCUAGGUCAGUUCGAAUGGAUAUCGCACUAAAUGGUUUUAAAGCAACAGGGUUGUGGCCAUGUGAUAGAAAUGUCAUUAAAGAAGAAGAUUUUGUGGCUUCUGUAUAUAUUUCUGAUCCAUCAAAUCAAGAG